AUGUCAUUUCUCAUUCAAGACCUUCUAAAGGUGAGAAUUAAACAGCUGAAAAGGAUUGCCAGAAACAUUGGGCCUGUAGAGUUUCAUAUCUGGGAACGUGCCCUGGAAACUAUGGGUCAAAAGCACACUCAUCUUUAUCAUGAGGUUCACAAAAAGAGCCCGCAGCUGGGUGAUGACAGAGCUCGGGUGUGUGCUAAAGGAGAUUCUGCAGACACCCUUUCGGAUCAUCUUCUGGCAAUACACAGAAGAGAUACAUCUAAAUGUAAUAGGAGGCAGUGCAUCUCAUCAGAAACUGGGACAUUACCCUCUACAAAGGAAAAAGGCGAUGAGAGGCAGUCUGGUUGCAAAAAAGAAAUCACAAGUGACAGCACCUUAACUUUGCCUCUAGUGGGAUCCUGGGAAUUUGAAUGCGAUGAUGAUGAAUAUAUUAAGUUCUUAGAACUCUUCUUGACAUAUAUGCUGGAGAAAGACUUAAUAAAUAAUGAGGAUGCUUGUGUUCCCUAUCUCACCACCUUCUCAAAGCAGCUCCAAAACCUGGAGCUGAACUCCUUCCCGUUCAAUGGGCACACACCAGGAAAAAGACAUCACAGCCAUAAAAAAAAUGCUGAUAAUGUUUGUAUAUUUGGCAGAAAUUCUUAUGAAUUCAAUGAGAUGUCUUAUACUUUCCAGAAAGAAGGACCUUCUCCUAAUAUGGCCUGGAGUGCUCGGUCAAGCUUGACAACCCCAGGUUCUAGUGAAGAUCACACAGAUAUAAUUGUAGAUGGAGUAUGUCAUUCUUCAGAAGCCAACAAAAGCAAAGAGAUAGGUUUGUUUGGCCUCAGGCAGAAUGGUAUGUCAACACCUUGUUUCACCAAAGAUACCCAACAGAUACCAGUUAGACAAAUGUCUCUCUCAGUUAUCAGCCAAAGCCCCUGUGCUCCCGGAUUCUCCACCCCAACAACGGCAAAGUCUGAAAUGAUUAUUUGCCAUGCCGCACUGCCAAAAGAUAUUGGCCCUGCUCUCAGUGAACUGACUCCAGAGUUACAAGCACAAUUCAAAUUGAUCAGGAGGCUUCUAGAGUGGGUGAUUCGCUGGGCAAAUCGCAGGCUGCUUUGUGAGCCCACCAAUGGAGGAGGACAGCAUGGAUACAGCACUGUGAUCAGAGUCAAGAGCUCUGCGCCAGCCAUUCUUAGUGCUUUGUGGCUGCUGGAAAAGAGAUAUUCACCGACAAAUCUGGUGGACAAACAUGCGCACUUGGAGGUGCCUCAAAGUGAUGAUGUCGUAACUCAAGUAUUGUACUCAAAGCCCAGAAUAAAUAUAAAAAAAGAAAGAACUGCAGACUCUGGGAUUCAUGGAUCAACUAAAACUCCUAUCACCCUUUUCGAUAAGGAAGACUGUGAGGUUCAUGGUCCAGAAGGUUGUGUGUAA